UAUAGACAUGAGAUGAAAAGAAAGACACAACAAUAAGAAGAAGAAGAGAAGAACAAGCUUUGUGUUUUCCUCUUUUGAAUUUUCUCAUCCCGCCUUUAUCUGCAUUAUGAUCUUCAAGAUGAUGAGGAUGCUUGGUUUAGGAUACUCUGGCUCGCCAAAACCGGUUCGGAUCGUUGUGGUUGGUGAGAAGGGAACUGGGAAAACAAGUUUGAUCAUCGCUGCAUUAAAUGAAUCUUCUCAACCUCAGCCAAACAUCCCUCCUGUGUUACCUUACACCACUUUCCCUUCGGAAUGGUUCCGUGACCCUAUUCCUGCUACCAUCAUCGACACUUCUUCAAAACCGGAAGAUAGAGAAAAGGUCGUUAAGGAAGUGAAAGAAGCAGAUGCAAUUGUUUUGACGUUUAUAGUCGAUAUAGCUGAGAGUUUGGACCGUUUAAGUGAAUAUUGGCUUCCUCUGUUUCGACAACUAGAGGUGAGAGUCCCUAUCAUAAUGGCAGGUUGUAGCGUUACCAACAGAGAGUAUCAUAAUCAAAGCGGUAUUGAAAUAAUAACAACAUCUAUAAGGGAACAAUAUCUAGAGAUCGAGACAUGUUUCGACUGGUCUGCUCAUCAUAUUGCUCGGAAAGUAUUUUGGUAUGCGCAACAUGCUGUUACUAACCCUGUCGGACCAAUAUAUGAUAAAGAAACCAGUUCAUUGAAGCCUCGUUGUGUUGCUGCAUUAACUCGUGUAUUUGUACUCUCUACACGUGACACUGAUUUCAUUCUCAAUGAAGCCGGGUUAAACAAUAUUCAGGCUCAAUGCUGCUAUGAACCAAUGACACCUUCUCAAAUUAGAGGACUAAUAGACUUUGUGCAAGCACGGUCUCCACUAGGAGUUGAUGAAAACGGAAUCACAAUAGAAGGUUUCUUGUUUAUAAACAAAUACCUUGUGGAACAAGGAAGGAUCAGAAAGGUAUGGGAUAUACUCAGAAAAUUCGGGUAUAACAAUGAGUUAAGACUCGCAGAUGAUAUGAUUCCAUAUUCAUCAUUCAAACACAUGCCUGAUCAGAGUGUUGAGCUGUCUGAUGAAGCUACUCGUUUCUUAAGGGGAGUCUAUAAGAAUUUGGAUGAACACAGUGCUAAUAACUUGGGACCUCAAAUGAUUGGAUUUGUCUUUCAAAUUUCACCUGAAAAUCCAUGGAGCAUAGCUCCUUAUAAAGAUGCAUCAGAGAAAACUGAUGAUGGAGGAUUGUCACUUGAAGCUUUCCUCUCACUGUGGAAUUUGCUGACACUAAUAGAUCCAGCUAGGAGUCUUGAAUGUUUGAUAUGUCUAUGUUAUCCAUCUUCAGCAGUUCGCGUUACUAGGAGAAGAGCAAUAGACCGUAAGGAGCAGAACUCUGAAAGAAGAGUUUUUCAGUGUUUUGUCUUUGGCCCCAAGAAUGCUGGAAAAUCUGCAUUGCUCAAUCGAUUUAUCGGAAGGUCUGCAUGUUCUUUUAACUCAGUAUAUGUCAAAAUAUGUAUGUCUGAUUAUAUGAAUCUUAGGCAAUAUGAUGAUGAGAACAACAACGGAUCAAAUGAGGAACGUUAUGCUGUUAAUAUGGUUGAGAACGAUGGUGUAACUGAAGAUGUUAAGAAAACUCUGGUGUUGAAGGAAAUUCAAAUGCAAGAAGAUGGAUUCUUAUCAUCAAAUGAAGCGUUGGGAGCUUGUGAUGUAGCUAUCUUCCUUUACGAUUCUUCUGAUGAGUCUUCUUGGAAGAAAGCCAUUGAUUUGCUUGUUAAGGUUGCAACCGCUAGUGAAGACGCUGGUCUAAAGUUUCCUUGUCUAAUGGUUGCAGCUAAAACUGAUCUUGAUUCAUUCCCAGAGGCAAUUCAAGAAGCUACUAGAGCCACACAAGAUCUAGGGAUUGAAGCUCCAAUACCAAUAAGUUCCAAACUUGGAGAUUGCGAUAACUUGUUUCAAAAGAUAUUAACCGCGGCUGAGCAUCCUCAUUUAGGUAUCCCAAAGAUUAAGUCGAAGAAGAAAAGGAGUCGCAAGCUAAUGAAAAGAUCUCUAAUGCUGGUUUCAAUUGGGACAGGGGCUCUGAUCGUUGGGCUGGCUUCAUUCCGUCUCUAUGCCGCAAGAAAGCAGAGAUAACCUUGUAGCUGAAGAAAGAUCCAAACCUGAAAAUAUGAAUAAAUAUAUUGUAGUUUAAGUUGGUUGUUCAUGGAUGCCUUGUUUAACAAGUAAAGAACUGUUAUCUAUAGAUUUUACUUCUAAAAUGUGCUAAUUUCACCAACUUUAACAAGAAACUAAUUGGUAUUGGAGCUUGUUCUGAUGA